AUGAGGCCGAUCUUGCCCAAACUGCAGGAGUCCCAUGUGCAGAAGCCAGAGGACUCCCAGAAGCCGCAGGAGCCACAGGAAUCCCAGAAGCCACCGGAGCCACAGGAAUCCCAGAAGCCACAGCUGUCCCAGAAGCCAAGCAUCCCUGAGACGGCCAACCUGGCAAGCCCCUGUGUGGAGGUCCUUAAGAGUCCGAGUGCCCGAGGCUCGAAAAGACCUCAUCCCCCCACACCAGCUGUGACGCCAACCAAGCCUGUGCCAAGCAAGUCUGCCGCUUCCCAGAAAGCAGCCAACGAGGCCCAGAGUGAUGAUGAUGAUGAGGAGGCCCCAAAGGUGCUGAACUUCAAUGCCAUGACCAAGCUCGAGAGGGAGAAGGUGCGAAGGAUCGUGUCGCCUAAAAAGGCGACAGGGAAGCUGGAGGUUCCUGAGAACAUCUUUGAGAUGUGGAAGGACGCCGGGAAAGGUCGAGACACGUUGUUCCGCAUGUGGUCCCGCAUCGAAAAAAUCGUUGCCUGGGCCACGAAGCGCAACUUGGUCAGGACCUGUGAAUACGACGAUGAGACCCUGGAGUACUGGGUGAACACAAGGACCACGGGCACUAUGACCAAGGAGGACUUAGAGAUGCUUGAGAGGCAGCAAACGUACAGCGGGGAGGGAGGGGACGAGCUGAACUUCAAGCCGGGGGCUCUUCUUGAUGGAUUUUCCUUCUCGGAUGACGAUGGCAUGGUGCAUAACAACGAGAAGCAGCUUGAGGGUGAUCAUCACAUGAGUGUUGCUUCCCAGAUGAAAGAGUACAUGAAACAAGUGCUCAAGAGCAAGGGCUCCCUCGAGUCCUUUGUGGAGAAGAUCAAGCCCACAGUGGCUGGGGAUGCUAAAGCAAAUCAGACUCUGAAAAAAAUGGACGUGCUGAUCAAGGACUUCGAGAACUUGUACGAGGAGAUGACUGAAGCUAGAGCAGAAGGGAGCACAACCGGCUACAGCGACAAGUCUUCGGGCGGCAGUUUCCAUACUUGGGUAUGUGAGGGUUUGUGUGUCCCAGCCAAAGAUCUGGUUUUGGACGCCCGCUGCGCAGCAUCGAAGGAUCCAUGCAAGGUCCUGGCCCAGAUUUCAAAGGUGCAGGUUUCGAGUGCCGAUGCACCCCUAUUUGAGAUCUUCUUGAAGAAUGGCAUGUGCUUGCCAAUUGAGUUCAGCUGGGCGAAGGCUGGCAUGAGCUAUAGGUACCCUUUCUUGAAACCUAAGGGCCUGCUGGAAGCUUUGAGUGAUCACGGCUACUUCCAUCGGGUGUUGGGGGUACCUGUUGAUUUGGCAAGCGAAGCACUGGACUUGUUUUGGCAGAAGUUCAAAGGCCUCUACCCACAACAUGACCUGUUUCACAACUCCGAGAAUCUUCAAUUUGGGAAACUCAUCCCUUAUUACUUGCAUGGGGAUGGGGGCCGUGGCUUCAAAAAGGAUCCUAUCGAGAUAUUGUCUAUGUUUCCAGCACUGGGUAGUGGGUCGAGGAAAAGACCUGUGAGCCUAAGUUCGAAGCGACCUGCAGAAAGCGAAAUCGAGCUCGGCAUCAAUUUGCUAGGCAAUUCGGGUGCUACAAGGUUUUUGUUUUCUGUACUGGGCAGCUUGGUGGCUAAGAAAGAUGGCACUGUAUUCGAUGACCUUAUGGAACUUUGGAGUCAAGAGUUAAAGUCGCUCUUCGAUGAUGGCUUUGAGGCUGAAGGGAGCACGUGGCGUGUGGUGAUUUUGGGAUUCACCGGCGAUUCCCCCUUUGUGAAGAAAGUCGCCAAAACAAUGCGCUCCUUCCAUAAUGUCCGUAAGAACGCCACUUCCAGAAACUUACAGAAAGGCUGCUGUUGGCUGUGCCAUGCUGGAUUCGAAUCGCCGGAGACCGGAGUAUGCAUUCCGUUUGAACACCUAGGCCUGACCCAGCCCGCUUGGUUGCAAACCUGCCGAGUCAACAACCCCUUGCCAUGGAAUGGUUCUGGUGGCGCAAUUGUUCGGCAUAUGCUGCUGGACAGGGCAGACACACCCGCUGCCUUUUUCCGGGCUGACUUCUUCCACGUGUAUCAUGCGGGGGUUGGACUUGACUUCAGCGCCAGUGCACUUAUCUACAUGAUGAAGACAUUGUAUGGUCUAGGUAGCGUCGCGAAGGACCUCGAGGCUUUGAAUGCAGACCUCAAAAGAUGGAUGACACGCACGAAGAAUAGGCUGCAUUGUGGACGCCUUACAGAGGACCUUUUGGGAUACAGUGGAACACGUGAAUACCCUGAAGGAAAGUGGUCUAAGAACAUGGAUACAGCAGUGAUCAUGAAGUUCAUCGUUUAUCUCCUGGAGCGCCCUGAAUUUCAACAACAAGUUCAAGGUGAUGAUCUGCUUCGAGAGAUUUUGGCUGCUGCACAGGCCAUCGGGCAAGUAAACCGAACAUCCCUGCAAGCAGAGUACUUCAUGUCGAGUGAGGACACCCGCAUCAUCGUCGAUUGUGGCCACAAGUUUCUUUUGGGAUUCAUGGGGCUUGUGUCCAUGUGUCACCAACGAUCCCUCUGCUUGUUCAAGCUUCGACCCAAAGCUCACUAUUUGAACCACAUCUUUCUUCGUGUCUAUGAAGAAUGGAAAGCCCAUGGCUAUGCAGUAAACCCCUACUCAGAGGCGACGUUCAUGUCGGAGGACUUCGUGGGAAGGACGGCUCGCUUAAGUCGUCGGGUUUCUGCGAGAGCCGUCGCGAUCAAAACAAUGCAAAGAUACCUUCUGCAUAUGAAGACGGCACUGGACAAGGAGGCAUUUUCGAUGAUGGAUGUCAGCAUGUUGGUGUGA